UUCACUCUAUUACCGACCCAAGAAACUUAAGCCAUAGGUACCAUACCGCUAAACAUUUUCCCAAAAUUUCAAAUUUCUUCAUCUGAAAUCAUUCCCUUUUCAACUAUUUCAAAACCCUAAUUCUCUCCCCACCAUGUCUUUCUCUUCUAGUAUCCACAAAACCACUCUUUUUUAAGAUCACCCUUUAUGAUCUGCUUUCUUUCCCAUAGCACAAUGUCCGAUGAUAUGUUAAUACAUUUUUCUUCAAACUCUUCGAACCAAUCAGAUCAGUCUCUCCCCACAAAAAUUGCCAAGCUCGAAGCUCGUAUGGUUGGCAAGGCCCCUGCCCAGCAGCCGCUGCAACAGCAACAACAGAACACUCGAGCAUCUGUAUCUACGGCUACAAGAUUCGUUGCUGCGGAGGACAUGGACCAGACAUCAACUUCUAGUGAUUCAGAUGAUGAUAUUGGAGGGGAAUUUCUGAUUCAAGCCAACACUCAAAAGCGCCAGAAACUUCAAGGAGAUGAUGACUCACUUGUUUUUGAACAUGUAGAGGCAGUGGUUGAUGGAAGACAAAAGACUUCUGAAACCACUGAGGCCAAGGUAGGUGUUGAUCUGAAUAGGAAAAAGCAUGGUCGUGGUAGGGGGAAUUCUGUUUCAGGUAGAGGCCGUGGUUCCAAAAAUGAUCAAGUAAGAGCACAAAUAUCUGCCACAACUGUUUCACCUUCAAAUGGUCAGCUUGAGAACUCCUAUCAUAAGGAUAAUAGGUCCAAAGAACAGUUUCGAAUUGACAAUCAUGCAUCAUUAGAGGAGGAGAUCACAUCUUUACGUGCAAAAGUUGCAACAUUGGAGGAGGACCUACGUAAAUCUCAUCAAGAGGUCUCUGAUUAUCAAAAUCUUUGCCGUCAAUUAGAAAAGGAAUUGAAAGACCUUAAAGAUUAUGAACAACAAAUGAAGCCAAAGAGGACAAAAAUAAUAUCUGAUCUAUUGAUAUCCAUUUCAAAAGCAGAGAGACAGGAAGCUAGGUUGAAAGUACGCCAGGAUUCUGUGAGACUAGGCAAUGUUGGUGUAAUCAGAGCUGGAACCAUCAUAUCUGAGACAUGGGAGGAUGGGCAAGCAUUGAAAGAUCUAAAUGUUCAUCUUAGACAAUUGUUAGAAACUAAGGAGGCUGUUGAGCGGCACCGGAAGACACUUAAGAAACGACAAUCUGACAAGGGCGAUACAGUGGAUACAGAAUCAGGAAUACAAGAAGAAGAUUUCUUCAUUCAGGAUGAGAUUUACAAAUCCCGUCUAGCAAGCAUCAAACGCGAGGAAGAAAUUAUUUUGCGAGAGAGAGAUCGCUAUGAGCUAGAAAAGGGAAGACUUAUUCGUGAAAUGAAACGCAUACGAGACGAGGAUGGUUCUCGUUUUAACAAUUUUCAGAUUCUGAACCACAGAUAUGCACUCUUAAAUCUUCUUGGCAAAGGAGGAUUCAGUGAGGUUUACAAGGCUUAUGACUUGGCAGAGCAUAGAUACGUCGCAUGUAAGCUUCAUGGUCUGAAUGCUCAGUGGAGUGAAGAUAAGAAGCAAAGUUACAUACGGCAUGCUAUUCGGGAGUACAAUAUUCACAAGACUUUGGUGCAUCACCACAUUGUUCGGCUUUGGGACACUUUCGAGAUCGACCAGAAUACAUUUUGUACUGUUUUGGAGUACUGUAGUGGGAAAGAUCUUGAUGCUGUUCUGAAAGCAACACCUGUAUUGCCGGAGAGGGAAGCUAGGAUCGUCAUUGUUCAGAUAUUUCAGGGCCUAAUCUACUUAAAUAAAAGAGCACAGAAAAUUAUACAUUAUGAUUUGAAACCCGGGAAUGUCCUGUUUGAUGAGUUUGGUGUUGCAAAACUGACUGAUUUCGGUCUUAGCAAGAUAGUGGAGGAUGACGUUGGAUCCCAGGGUAUGGAACUUACAUCCCAGGGAGCUGGAACAUAUUGGUAUUUGCCUCCAGAGUGCUUCGAGCUCAGCAAGACCCCGCUUAUUUCAUCAAAGGUGGAUGUUUGGUCAGCUGGUAUUCUAUUUUACCAAAUGCUUUUUGGCCGACGUCCUUUUGGGCAUGAUCAGUCCCAAGAACGAAUACUUCGUGAAGACACAAUUAUUAAAGCUCGGAAGGUUGAUUUCCCUUCAAGGCCUGCUGUCUCAAAUGAGGCAAAGGACUUGAUUCGGAGAUGUCUAACAUACAAUCAAGCAGAAAGGCCAGAUGUUUUAACUCUUGCACAAGAACCUUAUCUCACAUACUCGAAGAAGUAAGAAUACAUACAGACAAGACACAGCUGAAGGGACUGCAGAGCAGGGAGGUUGUUGGAAAGCUUUGAAGCGAAGAGAUCUUAUUGUAACACCCUAUGGAAUUCUGUAUAAGUUGUAAGUAAUCCUUUUUGUUUGUUUAUUUUCCUGCUCUUUGUGACCCAACAGUUAGUGGUUUUUGUUAUUUUACAAGUUCAUUUAAAUUGUUUUGCUCUA